GCGGUGACGGACGGACGGAGCCGGAGCCGGGGGAUGCCGACGCGCCGGGGCCGGCCAUGGUGAGGGGCCUCCCGUCGUCGGCGACGCAGCACCAUGCCCUGCCCGGCGGGAGCCCUUAGCAGCAGCAGCAGCAGCCCCGCGGCGGCAGCGGCAGGAAGAGGCUGGGGGCGCCCUCGGGGCGGGGAUCGGCGGCGGAGGGCGCGGCGGCGGACGGGGGGCGCCGCCGCCGCGCGUCGCCUCGUGGCCGGGGAUGCUUCUGCCGCCGCCGCCCGUCGUCGCCGAGCCACCAUGCCGCGGAGGAGGAGGAAGAGGAGACCGGUGACAUUACCGGGGAGGGGGUGCGGAGAGGAGCCCCGAGAAGGAAGAGGAGCCGGAGCCCCCCCGCCGCCGCCCCCUCCAAAAAUAUGACCGGCGGCGCCGCCUCCCAGAACCGCCGCCGUUGCAUCCGAACCCCGCCGAACCCCCCCGAGAAACCGUGCGCCGACUCGGAGCGGGCCCAGAAAUGGCGCCUGUCGCUGGCCUCUCUCCUCUUCUUCACCGUCCUUCUCUCCGACCGCCUCUGGCUUUGCGCCGCCGCCGGGGCCCAGCUCAGAGCCCAGGAUAGGAGCGUCGCCCGGCCGGAGGCCGUGGUGAGGAGCGGUGGAGGCGCAGCCCCGACAGCGGAGGCGCAGCUCUGCCCCAACCAAGACUUGAGCUCAGCUUGUGGCCAACCGGCCGCGCCUCCCAGACCAGAAGCCGCGGCGGCGAGCAGCCCCGACGGCACGGCGCAGCCCUGCCCGGACUUAAGCUCUGCCUGCAGCCACCGCCGCCUCUUGCUAGGGCCGCCCGGGCCCGCCUUCCCGGUCGCCGCGCCUGCUGAGGCGUCCCAGCCGCAGCUAGCCUUCCUGGAGCUACACUUCCGCGGCCUGCGGCUCCCGUUCUGCCAAGACUACACCGUCUGGGACCUGCUGCUAGGCAUGGCCGCCGCGGAGAGUUUGGACUGCAGCCUCCGGAGCCUGUUGGCCGACGUGGCAGCGGCGGCAGGCGGGGCGCAGCGCGGGGAAGCCUGCAGCAGCUGUCUCGAGGCCUACCAGAGGCUGGACCAACACGCUCAGGAAAAGUACGAGGAGUUCGAGGAGCUGCUGGAGAAGUACCUGCAGGCCGAGGACUAUUCCGUGCGCUCCUGCCUGAGAGACUGCAAGGCUGUCUACAAGGCAUGGCUGUGCUCUGAGUACUUCAAUGUGACCCAACUGCAGUGCCAACACCGGAUCCCAUGCAAGCAAUACUGCCUGGAGGUGCAAACAAGAUGUCCCUUCGUCUUGCCUGACAAUGACGAGCUGAUCUAUGGAGGGUUGCCUGGCUUCAUCUGCACCGGGUUGCUGGAGAAGGAGCUGCCUGACCAGGAAGCCAAGUGCUGUGAUUUGCGGUGGGACUCCUGUGACCGGCACCUGGAAGGCAAUCGCAAUGCAUCUGCCAAAUCGGAGCCAUUCCAUGACCAACAACACAACACCCCCCAUCACCACCAGCAACGGCAGCAGCAGCACUACAACCUCUACUAUCACCACACCCAAUACCACCACCACCACCCGUCCUUGCUGCCAGUGUCUGCAGGGUCCCGCCUCAGCAACAGCAAGAUCCGGUUCUGCGUCCUGGUCCUGAUGCUCCUCCACACCAUGGUGUCCUUCUCGAGCGUGCACAGCAGCGGGGGACUGAGCUUGGGGGCCUUCCCCACCAUGGAUGAGACCCUCGCAAGGGACGAGUGAACCUCCUCUGCAAGGCAGGGAAAAAGGAAACCUCCAGCUCUUUUCUCACCUGGAGGAAAGAAGGGGUUUGGGUGGGCACAAUGAAGCUCUCCCUACAGUGGUGGGGGUGGCGGCGCAGGACUGGGGGUGACACAGACAAAGCCACCCCAACGCAGAGCCCCCUCCCACCUACCCCCCCCCCAGAGCAGGUUGUUGCAGGGCCCGCCCUGCAGCGGGUGAGUCUCUGAAGCGUUUGGGGUGCUGUGGGAACAAACUCUGAAGAAGGGAUUGUUCAACAGCAGGCUUCAGACUGGGCCUCUGGGGGGGGGGGGAAUGCUCAGUGAGCAGCAGGCCUGAGGCUACGUCUCGGGGGGGGGGAAUGGUUCAGCUAGCAGCAGGCCUUAGGCUGGGCCUCUGGAGAACAGUUAUGUUUGCAGGAAGCCUCAGGCACGGCCUCUGGAGAAAAGGGUUCGAUCGGCUGCAGACCUCAGGCCAGGUCGGGGGGGGGGCAAUAGUUCUGUUGGCAGCAAGCCUCAAGCUGUCGGCCUUCUGUGUCAUAGAGGCUCAAGAGUCUGAGGGAAGGCCCACAGUGGGGCUUGAAAAGAACUGCCUUCUGUGGAAAGGCACCCCCCCCCCGGCCCACCAAGGGCCACUUCUCUGGCCGCCGCCACACAUAACAUGUCUAAUUUAUGGGGCCACGGUGAUCUCUUCCCCAUACUGGGUAACUUGCCCUAGGGGCAAAAGAAACGGCUUGGCAGAGAUCUGUUGUGUUUUUUUUUUCCUCCCCCAUCAUCCUCUCAGCCCAAUCCAAACUAUAAUUGUGAUGGUGCACUGCCCUGCUGCCCCCUGCCCCCAGCUGUAGGACCCUCCAUCAGUCACUAAUAAUUCCCAAGCAACCUUUUCAGUGCUCUCAGUCGAGCCAUGUUAUGUGAUGGGUUGGCCCUUCAGCAUUGCAGUGGGCUGGACUAGAUGGCGCUUGGGUUUCUUCCAGCUCUUCUAUGAUACGGUUUUUCAAGUGCUCCUUGAAUAGCUUAAAUUGAGGGCAUGCCUGCAUCACCCUUGUCCUCCGGGAGAUGUCCUAGGACAUGCCACCACCAGCAGGUCCCCUCCUGCUCCUCCCCCCACCCCCGGUGGUGUGGUCCAAUUUUUCCAUUUUUGGAAUUGGUUUGGCAAUCACUGGGAGUUCCCUCAUAUUUGAAAUAAGAGUUUUAUUGGCAGAACUGCAGCUUGGAAGGGAAAGGGUUAAAUUCAUAGAAUGGUAUAAUUGGAAAGGGUCUCAAGGGUCUUCUAGUAAAAUGCCUGCAAUGCAGGAAUCCAAUACAGUAAAUCACUCCUGCCUUCCCACUUUCUGUGAUCCUGAUAAUGAUUUAAAAACAACAACAACAACCCACACCCUUUCCGUUGCUGCUAGUCAGGCUUUUUAAAGAAACCAUUUUUUAAAUGAAGCCUUUAAAGUAAGGUCUCUUUUGGCCCAGAGCAGUCAAGAGACAUAUUCCCCUUUUGAACCUGGAGUUUCUCCUUGUUAUUUGAACUGUCCCUGCUCUACUAAAGAGAAUUUCCCCCAAUGUUCAUCCAGUAAUCAUAGUAUUAACAUCAUCAUCAUUAUCAAGAAUCCCCAACAGACAGCCAUCUAUCUCAUGUUUAGAAACCUCCAGUAAAGGAGAGUCCAUCCACCACCCUCCAACAGUUCUUACCCAUUGAAAGUUCUUCCUAAUGUUUAGUUGGAACCUUCUUUCUUGCAAUUUGAAUCCUUUGGUUCGGGUCCUCACCUCUGGAGCGUCAGAAAACAAGCUGGCUACAUCUUCCCUGUGAUAGCCCUUCAGAUAUUUGAAGAGCUCUUAUGUGGCCCCUCAGUCUCCCCUUCUCCAACUCCCUCAGCUGUUCCUCACAAGCUUUGGUUUCAAGACCCUUGAUCAUCUUGGUUGCUCUCCCCUGCAAACCUUCCAGCUUGCCAGAAUAGAAUGUUGCUAUUCUUUCCCUUGUUCUGGACUCCUUAGACUUCUGUUGAUGCAGCCUAGAAUUGCAUUAGCCUUUUUUUGCUGCUGCAUCACACUGUUGACUCGUGUUAAGUUUGUGGUCUGCUAAGACCCCAUUUUUUUUUACAUGUACAGUGGUACCUCAGUUUAAGAACAGUCCGGUUUAAGAAUGAUUCGGUUUACAAACUCCGCAAAACUGGAAGUAGUGUCCCAGUCUGCGAACUUUACCUCGGUCUAAGAACGGAAUCUGAAUGGUGGAAGGGCACCGGCAGUGGGAGGCCUCAUUACGGUAGGGAAAGCGCGCCUUGGUUUAAGAACGGAUUCGGUUUAAGAACGGACUUCCAGAACAGAUCAAGUUCAUAAACUGAGGUACCACUGUAUAUGCACAGUUUUGUGUUUCUUUUAAGGAACUCACCUGACCCACGGUGUAUCCCUCAACCCCAUGCCUUUUCCCCAGGCCAGUAGUCAAGGCAGCUCACACAGAUAAGAUACAAAAAGCUGAAAACAUAUAAACGAUAAUUGCUAAAAAGUAAUUAAACUCUUAGAAAUACCCAAAUCUAUUUUUAAAAGUCAGUCCCCAAAGCCUACCUGAAUAAAACAGUCUUUGCCUUCUGGCCAGAAGGACAGCAAGGAGGGAGCCAGACUGUCUUCUCUAGGAAGGGAGUUCCAAAGUUGUUUGGGAGCAGCCACUACUGAGAAAGCUCUCUUCCAUGUCACCGCCAAGCAUACUUGGGGAGGGUGGUAGGACCGAGAGAAGGGCCUCUCCCAAAGAUCUCCAAGCUUGGUCAGGUUUUUAUGGGAGGAUACAUUUCAGAGAUUCUGGUCCUAUGCUUGAUCCAAGAUGCUGGGGAUGGACUCCCAGACUCUGGAUAUAAAAGCAGGUUCACUGUUACCCCUUCCCUAAAGUGGCUUUGGUAGGUGAUAGGAGAGAGAGAAAGAAGGCCUUUAAGAACUUCUGAUGCAAACAAAGUUCGCCCCACAAGUAGAGGUUAUUUUGGGUAAUUUUUUUCUUUCACAUCAAGGUGAGAGGUUGGGGUGCAAUAGGUCAUCUGUUAGGGCUUUAGCUAAGAUUCCUGCAUUGCAGGGGGUUGGAUGAGAUGGCCCUUGGAGGAUACCUUCCAACUCUAUGAUUCUAUGAAAUCUGACUUUCUCCCAUCAUUUGUGAUGCACAGAAAAUGCUUCUGCCUCUGUUUUCCAGUUCUUUGGAACUGUUUAUUACAGCCCGAAUGAGACCAGGCAGGAUGCACAGGGCCCCAAUUCCAAGGUCUGUGAUUCUGUUAUUAUCACCACCUCACCUCCUGGCUGAUGGUGUUUGCAUUUUUGUUUAAAACCUGCCUAUGCAGUGCAAAAAUGUGUUUAGAGCCCUAUCUUUCUCUGCCCCAAGAAGUUGUGCCUGUUCAUUUGAUGGUUGGCAAUACAAACACUGUCACCUUCUGAGAAGGACAAGGCUUUACCAUGAUACUCUCCAGUCCAAGAAUGCAGCAGUACCCACCCACCCCCAAUUUCUAGUCACCCUAAAAAAGCACUUUUCCUCCAUGUCCAAGAGGACAUUUCUGGAGAAGCAUCCCCCAGGAAGCAUUGCAGUGAGUGGGACUGGAUGACCCUUGGGGCACCUUCCAGCUCUACAAUUCUAUGAUUCAAAGUUCUAGCCCUUAAACCAAACAAGCUGGAGGUGGGAGGUGGCUAGGCAGCCAAUGGAACUGGCAAGGGCAAUUGGGUGGGGGGGUGCUCUGAUCUAGUAUUCAAAAUGUGUUGUGUGGGUUCAUUUUAAAUGUUGCUUUACGAUGCUUGUUUUAUAUAUUUUUAUUUUAAUGAUCUCAUUUGAAAAUACUUCAAGGGCCUUUGUGGUGGACUAGAGCCCCAGCACAUUAAAACAACGCCUGCCUCUUCUUGCCACUCCACUGAGAUCUGGUGAGCUAAGAGAGGUUGGGAGGAUGUGAUUCAGAGACCCGGGGCCUGGUUGCUGCUGAACCCUUCUCAAGUGCUUGUAGGCACCAAGGCCAGGCCUGCCACGGGGGGGGGGGGGGGGAACAAGUCAUUUUUUACGGUAUAUAGUGGUGAGGUUUAAAAGAUUAAAGUCAUGUUGCUGAAGUCAACAUUUUAAAACCUCCUUUCUACUCUCUCCCUGCCUUGUUUCUGUCCUACUUUCUCCUUUCUGGGCUCGUCCACACUUUUGCUUACCCCAUGUUUUGAUUGCAUCAUGUGCCAAUUAAUUUCCUCCAAGUCCGAGAGCUUUUCUCAUUCUUUCCACUGCCGUGCCUUGCAAAAAGUCUGAUCUUACCUGCUGCCUGCUGAAUUGGAUCUCACCGAAUGUGCGGAAGUGUUGCUUAACAGAGGGCUUGUCUACCCUUUUGCUUGCCCCAUAUUUCAAUCAUAUCAUGCUGCUAUUCGUUCCCGUGAUUCUGAGACUUCUUGUUGUUGAUCCACCACUGUGCCUUGUGAAAAUCUGAUCUUGCCCACUGAAUUGAAGAUCAUAGGAACAAAAUUAUAGAAUUGUAUAGUUGGAAGGGAUCCCGGGGGUCAUCUAGCCCCUGCAAUGCAGGAAUCACAACUAAAGCAUCCCUGACAGAUGGCCAUUCAACCUCUGCUUUAAAAUCUCCAAUGAAGGAGAGUCCACCACCUCCCAAGGGAGUCUGUUCCACUGUCAAACAGCUCUUGCCCUCAGAAAGUUAUUUGCUUGGUUAAGCAAAAUCUCUGGAUUUUCUACAUGUCUGAUAAAGAUCUGAUUCAGAGGUAAGAUUGGAUUUAUGCAAGGUGUGGCCACAGAACAAGAAACUAGGAAUUAAUUGAUAUACAAUACAAUCCAAAUAUGGGUCGAGUGGAAGUGUGAAGGAGCCCUUAAGCAAAAUCUCUCUUUGGACUCUCUGCAUAGCUGACAAAAUAUGAUUUGGCAGGUGGCACUGGAUUUUCACAAGGAGUAACUGUCGAAGAAUGAGAACAGCUCUUGGACCCAAAGGAAUUAAUUGGGGCACAAUAUAAUCCAAAUAAGGGUCUAGAGAAAGUGCAGACGAGCCAGCUGUCAUAAUAAAGCGACUGUGUCUUUGGAAGGGGGUGGGACGGUUUUCUUAUGCCACUUGACACACUGUGCUUCAUCUUUAGAACUUUUUUGCACUAGUUCCUAUUACAUUUAUUUUCCAAAAACAGUUUGGGAGUUGAGGGAGGGGGGGGAAGGGGGGGAAACCAACCCAAACAACAAAACCAUGCUAUAAUUCAGUUGUAUUAAAACUAUUAUCCUACUCUGUGUUUUCAGUAGUCUCUGUACCUGUAACGCUUUCAGUUCCAUUGUAUUUUGGAUCAGGGGUUUUCUCUGCUCCUUGUUUAACCCAGUAAAGAAAUAAAAUGUUAAGAAUUGAUGAUAA